UUCUCGGCCGACAGACAGCAUGCUUCAGUUCCUGCUUGGAUUUACUUUUGGCAACGUGGUUGGAAUGUAUCUGGCUCGGAACUAUGACACACCAAACUUGGCUAAAAAACUUGAAGAGAUUAAAAAGGAUUUGGAAGCCCAGAAGAAACCCCGUAGUUCCUGAUGCCCGCUCCAGCCCUACGUUCUGGAUACUCUGAUUCUGCCGCCCCUCAGGGGCCUCCUGUACCAUCUGAUCCCAAAGCUUUUGUUUUCAUCUUUUCAUCUCCAGCCACAGCAAUUUUCUUCUUUGAUAGAUCCAGUAUUGCCUCAGAGCAAAAGUGGGGCCAUAAGUUAAGAACUACCCUUUAUGUGUCCAACAGCCUUGCCUCUUCCCCACCCUUCCUUCCAGCUGACUGGAGUCAUGGUGCUAGUUUAGCAAAGUCGCUUCUCCCCUGUUGUUUGGGAUUUCUACUACCUUUUGUCCAAAGAAAAAUUAGUGAGUUUUUUGUAUAGCUGAUCAGAUA